AUGGCACCUUCACUUGGAAAUGAUAAGAAAUUUGAUACCAGUGAUAUAUUUAUAAAUAAUCAAAAUAUUACUGAAUCUUCAAGUGAUUUUUUGUAUCAUUUUGGGCUAGAUAAAAACAAUGAUGAUAUACCAUGUCGUUUUCAUGAUGUUAAAUUUGUUUGUUGUGGUGGAUCAUCAAAGAGAAUGGGACAUUAUGCUAAAAUAUUUGCAAAAGAGAUGAAUUACGAAGUUCCUAUUGAUUUAUCAAAAUCAGAUAGAUAUUGUCUUUACAAAACUGGAAAAGUUCUUUGGGUCAAUCAUGGAAUUGGAGCACCUUCACUUUCUGUAAUGCUUAAUGAAAUUAUUAAAUUACUUCAUUAUGCUAAUUGUAAAGACGUUUCAUUUAUAAGACUAGGAACUUCAGGUGGUAUUGGAGUUGAACCAGGUACUGUAGUUAUUAGUUCUGGAGCAUUAAAUGGUGAACUUAAGCAAGAGUAUAAUCAGUGGAUUAUGGGGAAAAAAGUAUCCAGACCUUGUGUUGUAGAUGAAAAAUUACAAUCUGAAAUUAUUGAAACGGCAAAUUUAAUUAAUAUUCCACAAUGUUCUGGAUUAACAUUGUGUGCUGAUGAUUUUUAUGAAGGUCAAGCAAGACUCGAUGGUGCAUUUUGUGACUACAAUUCAGAAGAUAAAUUUACAUUUUUGAAAGAACUAGUAGAAAAAGGUGUAAGAAAUUUUGAAAUGGAAUCAACAUGUUUUACUGCAUUAACAUCAAGAGCAAAUAUUAAAGCUGCUGUUUGUUGUGUUGCAUUGUUAAAUAGAUUGAAUGGGGACCAAGUCAUCCUUGAUAAAAAUACAUAUUUAGAAUAUGAAAUGCGGCCGUUUAAAUUGGUUACAGCACUAUUAAAACGAAGACUUGCUAGCGUAUAA